AUGUCUCCAAUCGAUUUCAUUCGACGGCCCUGGGUUUGGCUCAAAGCCUUAAGCCAAUACGAGUGCGUGUGCAGUGCUGCUCCUAACUUCGCCUUCGGGCUGGUGACACGGAAGAUGCCUGAUAACGUGUAUAAUCAGCUAGAUCUUUCCCAUGUGACGGGAAUACUAUCCGGAGCGGAGCCUGUCCGGAGGCAAACAGUGGAACAGUUUGUUGAGAAAUUUGGCCCGAAAGGCAUCAAACCGUGUACUGUUGCUCCAGCGUACGGUCUUGCCGAGCACACACUUAUUGUUACUGGAAGAGGGGACUGGCAAACCAGUGCGACUAUCCUUUACGUUGACGCACUGAAGUUACGAGCUGAACGUAUUGUCAGAAUCUUCACCCCUGAGGAAGCUGCUUCUAAGCCAGCGGGCGACGUGCAGGACGUUGUCAGCUGUGGCUUUCCAUUUAAAGGUGUCACUGGUGAGCCUUAUUUUCAUUUACUUUACCACAAAACAAGCAUGAGCGCAACAAAACCCAGGAGAAUGGGCAUUUGCUUUUCGUGGGUGUCUGCAGUAAAAAUUGUGGACCCGGAGACUGAUCAAGAGUUACCAGAUGGGCACGUCGGGGAAAUCAUUGCAUUUAGUGAAUCUGUGGCUCUGGGAUACUUCAACAAGCCGGAACAGACAAGCCAAACAUUCCAUGUAUCUGUGAAAGAUGCGAAAGGAAACAGCACUCCGGCAAGUGGGCUCCGCACUGGAGAUUGUGGAUUUAUGUAUAAUGGAGAGCUGUACGUAACCGGCCGAUUCAAAGAUAUUAUUAUCAUUAGAGGCCGAAAUUAUUACCCGUCAGACAUUGAAGAGGCAAUUUUAGAAGUGCCUCAAAUUCGUCCAGGCUGCGUAGCUGCAUUUGCGAUCGAGGCGGACUCAAAUGAAGUGCUAGGCAUUGCUGCCGAGCUCCGUGUAGAAGACGGUUUAAAGGGUGUCUGGGCCCGGGUCCGCCGGCAGCUCUUUGAUAGGUCCAGCUAUGACCAAAUAGUUAAGAAUAUCUGUCGAACGGUCGCUACCAGUACCGGCCUCAGUGUGCACAGAGUUUGGCUCCUGAGACCGCGAAGCCUACCAAAAACAAGCAGUGGGAAACUCAGGAGAUCUCUUGCCCGAGAAAAACUGCUUGAAGGCAAGUUGGAUGGCGUUAUUCAUACGUAUACACAUCAUGCUCACCAAACUGAAGCAGUCUCAAACGCCGCGAGAGCAGGAACCCAAGCUCCCCUCAAAUCUCCCACUCAGCAGCCUUGUGAAGCGGGACACAAGGGCCACGACGAAUCUGGACCGACACACGAGGCCAUUGUCAAGGCAGUGAGGGAAGCGGUGAUCGAUGCAGCGAAGAAUGUAUUGGGGGACGACGGCGAGUUGCCGGAUAUGCAGGCCCCACUCCAUGAAUUAGGAGUUGAUUCAAUUGCUGCUGUAGAGCUAGCGGAGCUUGUUUCUGAAAGGUUAAAUAUCGACAUCGAGCCGACGCUGAUGUUUAAUUACCCGACGAUGGAGGACAUUAUGGAGUUCCUAGUGCGUGAAAUUGAGGGUAAAGGGGCCGAAGAGGCACUCACUAUCAACACGAACACCACGGACACGACAAUGGCCGUUGUAGGCGCCGCAUGCAACUUGCCAGGAGGCAGCACUACUCUCAGUUCAUUCUGGGACGCUCUUAUGUGCGGUGUCGAUGCAAUGGUAGAGGUGCCGCGGUCCAGAUGGGAUGUGGAGGACUAUUUCGAUCCAGACCCAGAUGCAGAAGGCAAGAUGUACAUUCGAGAAGGCGGUUUUAUUGAGAACGCCGAGUUUUUUGACGCGUCUUUCUUCAGGAUUUCAUUGGCUGAGGCAUCGAGUAUGGAUCCCCAACAACGGCUUCUUUUAGAGGUCGGCUAUGAGGCCCUGCAUGACAGUGGUUUCGACAAGGAGACUUUGUUGAGGGCAAAUAUUGGGACAUUUGUGGGAUGCUGCUGCAAUGAAUGGCAGCAAACAUGCGCUCAGAUGGGUCUUGGAAUCAGUAGCUUUACGGCGACGAGCCACGCACCGUCCAUUUUAUCCAAUCGAAUAUCGUACACUCUUGGGAUGCUGGGCCCAUCGUUAACUGUGGAUACCGCGUGCUCGUCUUCCCUUGUAGCGCUGCAUAUAGCCAUCCAGGAACUUAAGGCAGGAAGCUGCUCCUGUGCAUUGGUCGCUGGUGUGAACCUCAUGCUCUCUCCAAAUGUCACCGUAGCGUUCUGCAAGGCUCGCAUGAUGGCUCCUGAUGCACGCUGCAAAACAUUUGAUGCCAGUGCGAAUGGCUAUGUUCGUGGAGAAGGACUUGGUGCCAUUGUAAUCAAGCCUCAUACGGAAGCAAUGAAAGACAGCAGUCGCAUCCUCUGUAUCGUUCGAGGGACAGCCGUCAACCACGGAGGGCGGGCGGCCAGCCUGACAGCCCCUAGCGGCCCAUCCCAAGAACGAAUUAUUCGAACGGCGCUUCGUAAUGCUUCCGUAGCUCCGGAUGAGGUGCUGUUUGUCGAGACACAUGGAACUGGAACGCCUCUGGGGGACCCGAUAGAGAUCGGAGCCCUCAAGUCCGUGUUUAGGUCUAGCAGGGACUCCCCUCUUCUCUUGGGUGCAGUUAAGACCAACAUUGGACAUCUUGAGGGUGCUGCAGGUAUUGCAGGGUUUCUAAAGGCUGCCCUUGCUCUUCGCUAUGAGCAAAUGCCCCCUAAUCUCCACUUUAAAACGUGGAAUCCGCACAUUGACCUCAAGGGCGCGAAGUUCGUAUGCCCUGUGGUUGCGCUCCCAAUAACACCGGCAACAGGGAAACCCAGGAUUGGUGGCGUCAGUUCGUUCGGAUUUGGAGGGGCCAAUGCUCACGUGUUAUUACAGGAAGCACCUCAUCCUUGCGUCGGAAGGAGACCAUAUAAGGCUCAAAAGCCCACACUGGUGUGCUUCAUGUUCGGUAGUCAAGGGGUGGAAAGCCUGCAAAAAUGUCGCAUGCUCUAUGACAGCGAUCCAGCCUUUGCAAAAGCCCUCAACGAGUGUGGGGACAUACUUAAGCGUUUGGUCAGCGUUCCACUGCUGUCCAUCCUUUUCUCCGAGCAAGACUUGCCCAGGUCCGGAGAGAGGGCACAUGGCAAACAAAGCCAGCAGUGGCUUCGGCAAACGCGGUUCGCGGAUCCCGCACUCUUUUCUUUCGAGUAUGCUAUUGGAAGAAGUCUGAUAUCUCAGGGCGUCAAACCUGAUGCAGUAAUGGGAAUCGGUGUUGGUGAAUUCGUUGCCGCUGCAAUAGCGGGAGUGAUGAGUCUUGAAGACGGGCUCCGAGUUGCAUGUCAACGAGCCAAGCUUGUUGAUACUUUCCUUCCAGCUGAUGCUGUGGCCGCAGCGUGUAGGGUGGGCGAGAAAGACGUGGAGAUGGCAAUUUCCGACGCUGGGGGAGCAGCGGGGUCUACUUCAUCCGUUGCAAUUUCUGUUGUCUACGGCCAGAAGCAACUGGUGUUGAGUGGAGUUCAGUCGGAGCUGGAGUCGGUUUUGAUGAAGCUAGACAUAGCCGGCCGGUUUAAGUACCUGCCCGACCGUUUGAGCUUUUCAUCGCCAUUACUAUCAGACGUAGUCACUCCCCUUGCCCGGAUAAUUGGAAACGUUAAACUUUCCCGUCCCACCAUCAAAAUGAUCUGCGCAACAACUGGUGAAUUCUGCGACGAACAAGUCCUCAGCGCCCACUACUGGACCCGCCAUCUGAUACGGACAGUGCGGCUUGAUCAGUGCAUCAGUAAUCUUGUGUCUGCCGGAUGCAAGCUGCUCGUGGAAAUUAAUGGCCGGGCAGCCCUGAUCAAAAUGGGCCAGCAGAGCGUCGACGAAAUGGCGAAAGAUGUCGAAUGGGUGUUUGCCUUCCCAGCGGCUGAAGAGGAGACAAGCGAACGACAGGCGUCUAUUGUUCAAAACUGUUUAGCAGUCAUGGAUAGAGUAGGAGAGCAGCUUGAAAUGGAACAUGGCCUCCAUGGGCAGGAUGAACUGAUUUAUCACAGGAAACCGAUUCCUUGGGUGCAAAUUCCUCACCCGCUUGUGGGGAAACAUCGCAAACUGGGGGACGGAGAAUUCUUGUUCGAGACUUCUUUCCCUCGUCGAGCAGUGCCACUGUUUGCUGACCACAUGGUAAACGGGAAGGCUAUGAUGCCCGGCAUGGGUAUGGCAGAAAUCGUUGCUAGUGCCGCCUUCGCGCUGGACCUCAAAACCCCUUCAGGGGCAGUCGCACUAGAGAAUGCAUUUUUUGAGAGGCCGAUGAUGAUCGGUUCGCAGCGUGUCACCUACGAAUUCAAUACCCGAGCAGGAAGUCGCAACUGUGGCAGGCUUAGCCCUCGCACAGUUCGGACUCCAAGAAGAGUAAAUGAUGCCUACGUCCGUAGACCACGGGCAGACAGUGACUCGCGCGGUUUCUCAACUCCGGCACUAGCCAGCCCAUCUCUGGCUCCAAGUACUUGGCUUGUUUCACCAGUCAGCAGCAAGGAGAGUACCCCCAAGCUAGCAUCGUCAGAUCCGCGUUCAAAGGAUAUGAAGCUCAAAGUGGAGCUGGAGGAGGUCACUCAAUCUCUUUUGUCGAGCCGAGGGGCACUACCUGAUGACCAGGUCGUUCCUCAAGAUGUUGAGAUGACAAUUCGUUGCCACAUCAUGAAAAACUUGAACGUUGAGUUGAGUAGUGUUUGGGACGACGAAACGAAUGUUCACUGCAGCGCGCGGAUUGUUCUUGGGGAACAGAACAAAGAGGACGCAACCCCAUCGUUAAAGGAGCUCCAAGCGCGAUGCAAUCAGCCCGUCUCGAUUGGCCAAUUGUACGAGUCUUUAUUUGACUUGGGACUUCAAUACGGGCCGAGAUUCCGGUCCGUCCACAGCAUUUCUCGUUCGGAGUCUGAGGCAUUAGCUCGCUUGAUGUUGCCGGAAGGCUGCAAACAGGACUCAUUUGAGAGCGGCUUCUUAGUGCACCCUGCCCUUCUUGAUGGGGCGCUCCACGUUGCUGCCGCCCUCAUUGGACGACAUGCUUCUCGCGCUCACGUGUCUAUGGUUCCAGUUGGCGCUGGUCGUAUAUGGCUGCGAAAGCUGGAGGGUAAGGCAGGCUGCUGGGCGCACGUAGAGUUGGUAGAAUGCCGGUCGCGCUCAGCAGUGGUAAAUGUUAGGAUUUUUGACGAUAGCUGGCAGACAGUAGCGGCACUUGAAAAGGUUGCCCUUAGAAACAUUGACAUUGGGGGUAGCGUAGGUGCGAGCAUCCCGCGUGACCUUAUUUGGAAGGUUAGGUGGGACAAAAGAGCGGAAUUGACUACCCAGAUACAGGACCAUGCAGUUGGCAAAGGGCCAGUGCUGGUUCUUGGAGGCAGCUUGCAGCUGAUGGAGGCGCUGUCGAAUGCACUUGGGGGGGAUGACUACGGCAGGGUGCUUAGUGUUGAAGAUAUUCCUUCGACGAGGAGCAAAGUUCAGGAGCUUCUCACAAGUGGCAGAUGGAGAGCUAUCGCCUUUGUAGAAGCUUUGACAGCUGAUGAGUAUGCAGCGCUGGAUGUCCCACAUGCAGCUAUUCGCCUCCUCCAAGCAUACGCCGCUCUGCUUAACAAUGGAGCAACAAUGCCCCCCAUGUGGUUCUUCACCAGCGACAUCAUGGAGUCACCAAUAAAGGAAGAACAAACCCCACCGCAACCUGACCUUCCAGCUCACGGUGGACUUUGGGGGCUUGUAAAAGCUGCACGAUUAGAAAUAGAAGUUUCGAUUGGCAGCACGACGCAGAUUGGUUGCCUUGAUAUCGCGCACUUUGAGAAGGAUGAUGACAUGGCGAAGGCUGUUGUCACUUUCCUGCGUUCGAGUAUGGCAACAUCUGAUGAAAAUGAGCUGAUGCUACGAGGCAACACUCUCUAUGCUGCAAGGAUCGAAAAGAGUGAUCUAGCGGUACGAGGUGCUCUGGAGCUGUACAUGCCCGAAAGAGGUGCCAUCUCAAACUUAGUAGUACGGCCGCAAGCUUUUGCAGCCAGGGUCCCACCCGAACACAAUCAAGUUGAAGUUCGCGUUCGGGCAGUUGGUCUUAACUUCCGCGACGUUCUUAAUGUCAUGGACCUAUACCCAGGAGACCCUGGACCCCCAGGUGCCGACUUCGCUGGUACAGUUGUUGCCGUAGGGGACGAAGUGGAACACGUACGUGUGGGAGACCGUGUCUAUGGUAUCGCUCCAGGAGCACUUCGUACCUAUGCAACAACUGAUGCAAAUCUCGUUCGCCGGGCUCCAUCUUCCCUUGGAUUUGAAGAGUCGGCUGCACUGCCGGUUAUUGCCGCUACAGUGGAGUACGCCUUUGGAGAUUUGGCGCAUGUGAAGGCUGGUGACAAAGUACUUGUUCACACGGCAACAGGAGGCGUAGGACUGCUUGCUAUCCAGUACUGCCAAAGGGUGGGGGCGACAGUCUAUGCAACCUGCAGCGGCGGAGCCAAGGAAGAAUACCUGCGGUCCGCUGGAAUUCAGUAUAUCACGACAAGCCGCGAUGCGGCGACUUUUGCAAAGGAUAUGCGUGAGUUCCUAGGGCCAGAUGGGCACGUCGACGUAGUGCUGAACACACUCGUGGACGACUAUAUCCCAGAGUCUCUCAAACUGCUCGGACCAAAUGGACGCUUCAUGGAGUUGGGCAAGAGGGGCAUUUGGACUCGUGAGCAAGUGAAGGAGGCUCGUCCAGAUGUGAUGUAUGAGACAAUAGCUGUGGACACCAUGAUGGAAGAAGACCCCGCUUGGUUUGGUGGAAUGCUUGACAGAAUCCGGGAGAGCGUCGAGAGUGGUCGGCUCUCCAGCCUUCCACUGAAAGUAUUUGACAUGGAAGAUCCUGUUGAGGGAGGAGUGGCUGCAUUUAGGUACCUGCAGAGAGCCCAGCAUAUUGGGAAGGUCGUCGUCAAGUUCCCGAGCUCUAUCGAACCAGUAGAGGACGGGGCUAUUGUCAUAACAGGUGGCCUUGGCGCUCUUGGCUUGGUGGUUGCCGGUUGGCUUGCAGAGGAAGGAGCUCGAAACAUUGUUUUAAUAGCCCGUCGCGAGUCUCCGCCUCCCUCAGGCAGCGUGCCUGAAUGGGACUGGCUGUCAAAUAUCAAUUGUAAAGUAAGCUUCUUCUCUUGCGACGUGUCGAAUUACGAAAGCGUGCGCGGCGUCUUUAAGAAGAUACAGAAGACUGUGGCUCCGAUCAAAGGGAUUUUUCAUGCAGCGGGGGCUCUUGCUGACUCGCUCCUUGACAGCCAGUCACUCGAAGGGCUCCGUCGCGUGUAUUCUGGCAAGGUGUCAGGGGCUUGGAACAUUCAUCGAGUGUGCGAAGAACAGGGCAUCGACAAAGACCUUCGGUUUUUCGUGUUGUUUUCUUCCAUCACAUCGCUUAUAGGAAACGUUGCGCAAGCCAACUAUGCCUCAGCCAAUGCAUGCCUCGAUGCUUUGGCGCAGUGGCGCAGACGAAAAGGCCUUUGCUGCCAGUCAGUCCAGUGGGGACCCUGGAUUGAGCAAGGCAUGGCAGUAGAGAUGAGGCAGCAACUGGCAAGAAAUGGCAUGAAAGGAAUUACAAACGAACUUGGCUUUAGAACUCUCCAUGACGUUCUUCUUCAUCCAGACUGCCCCCCGGUUUUGGCUUGCCAGGCAUUCAAGUGGAGGGCAUUUUUCAUUCGAUAUGUCACUGUCCCCCCGCUUUUUGAAGGGGUCUCGCAGGAGGCGGCAGAUUUACCAGAAUCAUCAGGCAUGACUAUGAAGCACCUUUCUACGGCAGAAAGGAAAGAGUUUAUCAAGGCUCAAGUGGCUGCGGCUGCUCGACAAGUUCUUGGGAGCAGCUCUCCUCCUUCGUUUGACAAGCCUUUGCAGGAUCUCGGAGUGGACUCACUCGGAGCCGUCGAAUUCCGUAACCUUCUCUCCAAAAAGCUGGGUAUGAAGCUCUCCGCAACUACCUUGUUCGAUUAUCCGACUCUUAAUGCAAUUACCGAAUAUGUCUUUGAAGCAACGGGAGAGGACAGCGGCCCAACCGAGAGUGGUGCCGGUUUUCAGAUGGGGCGUGGUGGUGUCCCGCAUGAGGGCCUGGCUAUCGUGUCAGUUGCCUGCAGAUUCCCUGGCAGCUCUGACUCGACAGAAGCAAUGUGGCGCAUGCUCAUGAAUCGUACGGAUUGUAUGAUGGAUAUUCCCCUAAGCCGAUGGAGUGUGCACGAAAUGUACAGCGACGACUUUGAUUUUCCUGGGAAGGCUUAUGUCAAGCGGGCUGCAUUCAUUGAUAACGUAGAGUACUUCGAUAACACUUUAUUCAACAUUACUCCCCCAGAGGUCAAGGCCAUGGACCCUCAACAACGAAUACUGUUGGAGGUAUCCUACGAAAGCUUUGUCUCUGCUGGCUACACCAGAGAAUCCCUCCACAAUGCCAACAUUGGAGUGUUUGUUGGCGUUUGCAACCAUGACUGGGUGUACCUAAUGUCUGAUGACAAGAUAUCUUCCUUUUCCGGCACUGGUUCCGCGGGCUCCAUAAUUGCCAAUCGUCUAUCGUAUGUAUAUGGAUUGAAGGGCCCUUCGGUAGCUGUUGACACAGCCUGCUCAUCUUCCCUCGUUGCAGUGGAUGUUGCAUACGAAAAGGUGGUUCGUGGAGACUGUCAGUCUGCCCUUGUUGCUGGCGCCAACUUGAUGCUUACGCCUCACUUGUUCAUUGCAUUUUGCAAGGCACGCAUGCUUUCCCCUGAAGGCAAGUGUAAGACUUUCGAUGAUUCAGCAAAUGGCUAUGCAAGGGGUGAAGGCGUAGCAGCGGCAAUGAUAGUCCCAUUUAAUGAGGCUCAAGAAGCGAAGAUGGAGGUCUUAGCCGUUAUUCGAAGCACAGCUUGCAACCAUGUCGGCCGAAGUGCCAGUCUUAUAGCACCGAAUGGCCCCAGCCAAGCUGACGUUAUUCGUGCAGCGAUUGCCAGAGCGGGCAUCAAGCCGGCUGAUAUUUCCUAUGUGGAGACUCAUGGAACUGGCACGGCUUUGGGAGACCCAAUCGAAGUGCACGCCCUGAAAAGCGUGUUCGCCAGUGGGAGAGCAAAAGAUGCCCCGCUUAUACUUGGAGCUCUGAAGACCAAUAUUGGCCAUCUGGAAGGGUCUUCGGGAAUUGCCGGGCUGAUUAAGGCGGUUCUGGUGUUGCAGAACAAAACUGUUCCUCCCAAUAUCCACUUCAAAAAGCUGAAUGAGCACAUAAACAUCUCCGACUUCCCUGUCCAGUUCCCCACAGAUGCUGUCCCACUGGCUGCAAACGGUUCAAUAAAACGACUUCUUGCCGGUGUUAGCUCGUUCGGAUUCGGAGGGGCCAACGCCCAUGUAAUUCUCGAAGAAGUGCCAGCCAACCUCCGUUCUAUUGAGAGGCCCGUCAGCAGACAAAAGAUUUGCUUCAUGUUUACUGGACAGGGUUCGCAAUAUGUUAAUAUGGGUAAGGCGCUAUAUGAGGAGAAUCAGGUAUUCCGACAGUGCUUGAUUAAGGCGAGCGAAAUUGUUCUUGGCAUUAUGGGCGUGUCCAUUAUCGACAUUCUCUAUCCAUCACCUCAGAAGGAGAGUGAAGCGAAGACGCUUCUUGCCAGCAGCACCAUUUCUCAGCUUGCUUUAUUUGCAUUUGAAUAUGCGCUGGCGGAGCUGUGGAUGUCAAAAAAUGUCUUCCCCGACAUGGUUCUGGGCCACAGUCUUGGAGAAUAUGUGGCGGGGUGCGUGGCGGGAGUCUUGAAGCUUGAGGAUGCUCUUAAUCUGGUAGCCAGUCGAGCGAAAAUAAUGGCAGAGUUACCCUCAAUGGACGGCGUUAUGGCAGCAGUUCGUGCUACAGAAGAGCAGGGCGAGAAAGCCAUAGCCGAUUUUUAUGGAGAAAAGCAGAGGAAGUCAUCGGUUGCUGUUGUUAAUGGCUUAAAAAGCAUCGUUCUUUCCGGCCCACGAAAGGAUGUGCAAGCAAUUCUGGAGAAAAUGAAUGCUUCCUCUAGGGCAAAGUUUCUAUCCGUUUCUCACGCAUUCCAUUCACCCUUGGUAGAACCAACAUGUGAGCCCUUCAAGAAAGUGGUAGAGCAAGUGCAGCUCCAUGCACCGCACAUUGAAAUGAUCUCAACAGUCACAGGACAACUUUGUGAUGAGGCUCUUCGGCAACCUGACUACUGGGCUGAGCAAAUCACCAAGCCAGUUAGGUUUUGUGACGCUAUCCAGCAUUGUGUAGCAAAUGGAGCUACCUUACUAGUAGAAAUAGGGCCUCGUCCUACGCUUACUUCUAUGGGAAGGGGUUGUCUCAAGGAGCAGGCUGAUAGUGCUCUCCAGUGGAUCAACAUGGUCGACCCAGAAGGGGUCAAGAUCGAAACAAUUGAUGCCGUCGCCGCUGCAGCAGCAAAAGGUGCGAAGCCAGCGUCGGUCGUUUUCAAUAGGAAGUACUUCCCGUGGAGGGACAUUUGCCACCCGUUGCUGGGCCGCAAAGUUGCUCACGAGGAUGGUCGCGUGGACUUUGUUGGUGGCAUGAGCGAGGAGGCAGAGUCGCUUUUCAUUGAUCAUGUUGUGAAGGAUCAGCCGAUGUUGCCAGCAACUUCCAUGCUGGAGCUCAUGGCAGUAGCCUCCAGAGAGGUCCUAGACAAGGGAGCAACGGCGACACCACCAUGCUUGUCUCAGCUCGUCUUCGAAAAGCCACUCAUCUUCCAGCCAGGCUCCAACACUUCCAUCUCUGUAUCAGUUGACUCCCACUGCCAAGUACGCUUGCUAAGUAGCUCAGAAACAGAUGAGGGGGAGCAGCAGGUCCACGCAUAUGCACAAAUCCUCACAAGCUCCAUAGAGAUACCAGACGUCGAUAGCAAGACUAUCCUGGAGGCGUGCCCCGAUGAAGUUGAUAUGUCCUCAGCCUACGCUGAGCUACAGAAAGCUGGCUUGUCGUAUGGUCCACGGUUCCGCACUGUUAAGCGCGCAUUUAAGGGUGAGAAUGCAGUUGUUGGUCUACUGCAAGCAGUGAGCCCGAAGAAUUUCGAGCGUGGCUUCCGUCUUCACCCUGCUGUUAUGGAUGGUGCGCUACAACUCUCCGCAAUUUUGCUAUCAGAUGAAGGGCAGCGCAAGGCUAUGAUUCCUUUUUCCAUCGAAUCCGUGACUAUACUCAGUGCAAGCUCAGAAAAGGAAAUAUGGGCCCGGGUUUCCCUUUUGUCUCGUACCCCAACUGCAGCAACUGUUGAUGCUCAGCUUUUCACAUCGGAUGGCAAGGUAGUAUCAGACUUCAGUGGGGUCACCUUCCGACAGAUAGACAUGGAGCCUUCAGCUGCGAUUCCCCGCGAUCUUCUGUGGCACAUUGAAUGGAUUCCCUCGUCAAAGCUGGAUUCGCAAAGUACGACAGAGGCAGAAAGCGAGGGUGUCAGCCAACUAUCUCCACUCAACAGCGACGCCCAACGCCCUGCGCAGCCGAACGCAGCCGAUGCAGAUGCUAUAAGCUCUCACACUGACGAAGGGGGGCCCUGCUCUACGGAUACUUGCAGUACAGCGGAGCCAGCACGACCAGCAAUUAUUUUCAUUGACUGUACUGGGGAUCAUGAAGCUUUGCGUGAUGACUUUUCGGACAACGAAGAGACAACCAUUGUUUGGCUCUCAAAACCAACAGCUGAAACCGUUGCCAACGUCCUGCCAUUGCCGGAUGCCUCUUCACCUAUAGAGUCAGACAAAGUAAUUUUUGUUCUCGCUCUUAGCACAGCUUCAAGCCCUCAAGAUAUUCUUUCGUCUGUCCUGGACGUAACCAAGGUUAUGGCUACACAGAAAACAGCCCAGUUUUACCCUGCAUGGAUCUUGACCUGCGGAGCCCAAGGACCAACGUAUGAUUGCGUGCAUCCCCAGAAUGCAGGGAUCUGGGGUCUUGUUCGCUCCAUUCGCCUGGAGGUAGACGCUACUGGUGCAUCGCACUUUAUUGGGUGUGCGGACAUAGAAGAAGGACUGGAUCUUACCAGAGCUGUAAACGAAAUCAUCGACCAACACCUGGUGUAUCCUCAAGAAACCGAGAUGCUCGUCCGUUCAGCAGAGUCAGGAACUGGCAUCCAAGUUCUUUUUCCUAGGCUCAACCGUUCUUCCUUGGUUGUACGUGGCCCACUGGAGCUCCAUUUGCCCGACCGUGGAGCAGUAACGAACUUAUCUCUUCGCCCCCAAGCACCUAUGCAGCGCAGCUCCCUCGAGCCCUAUCAGUGUCGUAUUCGUGUACGCGCUAUAGGAUUAAAUUUUCGAGAUGUACUUAAUGUUAUGGGUCUGUACCCCGGAGACCCCGGGCAACCCGGUGCUGACUGCGCAGGCACGGUCGUGGCAGUUGGCAGCCAGGUUUCUGGCCUGCAAAUUGGCGACAGUGUUUACGGAAUCGCUCAAGGUUGUCUGAAGACAUUCGUCACGGCGCCUGCUGAACUAUUGAGGAGAAUGCCUGCUCCAUGCUCCUUUGAGGAAGCAGCCGCAUUACCUGUUAUCGCAGCUACUGUUGACUAUGCAUUUGCCCAACUGGCUGAUGUUAAGGAAUCUGACAGGGUGCUUAUACACACGGCAACAGGAGGCGUGGGACUGAUUGCUAUCCAGUACUGCCAAAGGGUGGGGGCGACAGUCUAUGCAACCUGCAGCGGCGGAGCCAAGGAAGAAUACCUGCGGUCCGCUGGAAUUCAGUAUAUCACGACAAGCCGCGAUGCGGCGACUUUUGCAAAGGAUAUGCGUGAGUUCCUAGGGCCAGAUGGGCACGUCGACGUAGUGCUGAACACACUCGUGGACGACUAUAUCCCAGAGUCUCUCAAACUGCUCGGACCAAAUGGACGCUUCAUGGAGUUGGGCAAGAGGGGCAUUUGGACUCGUGAGCAAGUGAAGGAGGCUCGUCCAGAUGUGAUGUAUGAGACAAUAGCUGUGGACACCAUGAUGGAAGAAGACCCCGCUUGGUUUGGUGGAAUGCUUGACAGAAUCCGGGAGAGCGUCGAGAGUGGUCGGCUCUCCAGCCUUCCACUGAAAGUAUUUGACAUGGAAGAUCCUGUUGAGGGAGGAGUGGCUGCAUUUAGGUACCUACAGAGAGCCCAGCACAUCGGAAAAGUUAUUAUUCGAAUGCGUAGUGCCCUGCAACCAAUCGAUGGAUCCUACUCUACAGAAACGCCUGCAGAUGUGCCCGCAUCCCCGAUAGCCCUAAAGACGACGUCUGAGGCUGACAAGUCGUAUGUCAUCUCAGGUGGUCAUGGAGCGCUUGGUCUAGUCGUUUGCAAAAUGCUCAUAGAGGAAGGCGCUAGGCACAUUGCACUGCUUUCGCGGUCUGGGGAGCCAUCCGCUGAAUUGAAGGAAGGAGAAACCUGGCAAUAUUUGUUGAGUGCCCAACCAAACAUUCAAAUCAAGCACGUAAAGUGCGACAUGAGCAAGAAAGAAGACGUCAGAAAAGCAUUUGAAGAAAUUCAAUCUGGCGAAUGGCCUCCGGUGCGCGGAAUAUUCCAUGCAGCAGGAGUGACUGAUGACAAAGCUCUCGCGGAGCAAGACAAGGCGUCGAUUGAGAAGGUUUAUGGUCCAAAGGUAUUGGGGGCCUGGAACUUGCACGAGGUGUGCGAGGAACUGGACUUGAACAAGGACCUCGAAAUCUUCCUGAUGUUCUCGUCGGUCACAGCCAUUUUAGGAAACUUUGGCCAGGCGAACUAUGCAGCAGCCAACUCUUGCCUUGACGCUAUAGCUGCUUGGCGCCGGUCUAUAGGAUUGUGUGGUCAGAGCAUCCAGUGGGGUCCGUGGGUGGAGCAUGGAAUGGCAGCUGGGCUGAAAUCUCUCCUGGAGAAAGCGGGCAUGAGGGGAAUUACUGAAGACCUAGGCAGCAGGGUCCUUCAGGACGUUAUGCGCAGUGGAGACCGUUACGGAAUUUUGAUGUGCCAAUCCUUCAGGUGGAGAAGCUUCCUUAUGAGGUAUGACAAAGUUCCAGCGUUGCUCAAAAACGCAACACGUGAUUUCCAAGUUACCUCCACUGCUCUUCCAAUUCUUAGCUCAAUGAACUCUCAAGAACGGCAUUCCUUCGUUGAGAAAAAGGUCAUCGAGCUUGUCAUGGCAUCACUAGGUCUUGCGGCACCUCCGGCAAUGGACCAGCCUCUGCAUGAAUUAGGCAUCGAUUCCAUUGGUGCUGUCGAGCUCAGAAACUCUCUUUCCAGCACCCUUGGAAUCAAACUUCCCGCAACGGCCAUGUUUGACUAUCCAACUGUGGGGGCGAUGAUCGGCUACGUCAACAAAACCAUAGCCGAACAAUUUUCGGGCCAUAAGCCUACACCAAUGCCUAGCAGCUUCGGCAAAGUUUCAAAAGCAGACAGGAGAGUGGCCACCAUUGCUAUUGUAAGCGCAGCUUGCCACAUGCCAGGUGGAUCAACAAGUACAGCCCGUUUCUGGGAGAUGCUGCAAGCAGGAACAGACUGCAUGGAUGAAAUCCCACUGGACAGGUGGAAUAUGUUUGCAUUUUACGAUCGUGAUCCCGAUCAUCCCGACACCACGUAUGCAAAGCUCGGUGCUAUGGUUGAGCACGCUUUCCACUUUGACAAUUCGCUAUUCAACGUCAGCAAUAUCGAGGCAAAAGUAAUGGACCCUCAACAACGUAUCUUGAUGGAAGUGGCCUAUGACACAAUUUGGUCCGCUGGAUUCGGUAAAACGGACUUGGUUGACCAGGAAAUUGGCUGCUUCGUGGGCUGUUGCAAUUCUGAUUGGCACAUGCUUGACAUUCCCUCUGGUUCCUUCACAGGCACUGGUGGAGCCCCUUCAAUAAUUUCAAACAGAAUCUCCUACGUUUUCGGUCUCAAGGGGCCUUCUCUGACAGUUGACACCGCUUGCUCUUCGUCCCUUGUGGCCCUGGACAAUGCAGCUACCAAGCUGCAUGAAGGGUGCUGCACAGGGGCUCUCGUUGGAGGCGUGAAUAUUAUGCUAUCGCCAAAUCUUUUUAUUUGCUUUGCAAAAGCCCGGAUGAUAUCUCCAGACUGCCGCUGCCGCUCCUUUGACCAACGUGCGAAUGGCUAUGCUCGAGGCGAAGGCGCUGGAAUGGUCUUCUUGCGUCCCCUUGAAGAGGCUUUAAAAGAUGGAAACCCCAUUCUGGCCACCCUGAGAGGCUCCGCUGUGAACCAUGGAGGCAGGAGCGCUAGUCUUACCGCUCCUAGUGGUCCCGCUCAGCAAGCUGCAAUACGUGCAUGUCUGGUCCAAGGAGGCAUUCAGCCGCACGAAGUGACAGUCUUAGAGGCUCAUGGUACAGGCACGUCUCUUGGCGAUCCAAUUGAAAUGGGCGCUGUUCGCGCCGUUUAUGGUAUUGGAAGGACUGCUGAAAGUCCCUUGUUUAUUGGUGCUCUCAAAACCAAUAUUGGGCACUUGGAGGGUGCUGCAGGAAUAGCAGCUCUGAUUAAGCUCAUGCUCUGCCUUCGGCAUCGCGAGAUUCCCCAAAAUCUCCAUUUCGAGAAACUCAAUUCAUACAUUGAGCUGGACGAUAUGCCGGUAGUCUUCCCUAAAGCAUCCAUGGGUCUGACGGGGAGCUCAAAGCUUUUAGGUGCUGUAAGUUCCUUUGGCUUCGGCGGUGCCAAUGCACAUGCUGUACUGGAGGAGUAUGUUCAGCUCGAGACGACGGCAAAGCGGAGGGAGCCAAUUUCAUGGUCUCGCAAGAGAUUUGCCCACCGGGGAACACUGCAUCCUCAUGUUGCCCGGGUUAGGGAGACAGACGUCGGUGAUACUGUCUAUGAAGGAGAGGUCCGAAGGGAGCAUUUCGAAGUCAUGGCUCAGCACAAGCUUCAAGAGCGGCCAGUUAUGCCAGGCGCACUGUAUUUGGAGGCCAUGGCUGCUGCUGUCAGCUGCAAGCGCAUGAAGCCGUCAGGCUGUAUAUGCCCAGUAGAAACAGAUCAUUCAAAAACAGUGAUAUUGGAGGAGAUAGAGUUCCAGCGGCCCAUGCUUCUAGAAAAGCCAGUUACGGAUGGACUGCAUGACACGCAGAGGCUGUUUGUAACUGUAUCCCCAGGGGGACAAGUGACUUUGUCUAGUUCUAAAGGUGAGGAGGACGAAACUUUUGUUCACGUGACCUGCCGACACAUCAAAGACGCUCAUCAAGAGAAAGAAACGCCAUCAUCUGCGGAGCUACUAAGCAUAUUUGAGCAGGACAAAAACCGUCAGGUUGUGGAUGUGGAGCAAAUGUACCAGCGCAUCAAAGAUAAUGGGCUUGUUCUUGGUCCCAAAUUCCGAGUCGUUAAGCAUAUGGAAUGUGGACCCUCGAGUGCAAAACUGCGGCUUGAGCUGCCCGGCCCCAUCACUGUAGGCGAAACUGGUUACCGUUUCCAUCCAUGCGUUCUAGACGGAACAUUCCAAACCGUGGGAGCUUUGGUGCUGUCACACGAUCUUGCAGCUGCAAAGAAGGAGUCUCUGCAGCCUCGGCCGUCACGGCUUAUGAUUCCCUUCAUGAUCCAGCGGGUGGCUAUGGGGUCCAUGAAUGGUGUGCAUAAAGCCCUUCUUGCUCACGUAGCUCUCGUGAAACGCGAUGCAAGUCAGGCAGUGAUGGACAUCAAUAUUAUGACUGAAGACGGGGAUUGGGUAGCCAGCAUUACGCAUCUCACGAUGCGGGCUGUUGACCCAGUUCCUGCAGCUGAGAUUCCUCGAGAGUUGUUGUGGCACUCCCAGUGGCAGAAGUUUAAGACACUGCCGAGCAUUCCAGAAGAUGCGAAUCUGAAAAUUGUUGUGAUCGACUUCAGAGCAGUGAAAGAUGAGACGCUUGCUCAAAUCGACGAGCUUGUGAAACCAUGGAGCUGUACACUUAUGAGCAACCCUACUGUGGAGGAUUUAACACCACUGGUCGUCACAGGGACUGAUGAUUCAGCACAGGAGACGACUGUUAUUGUAGUCGCGGCGACCACAACUGCAGCUAACGACACCUCAGUUGUUGCAGGCCUUACAGUUGUCUGCAAGGCUGCACAUCGGGCCAUAAUGGCUGACAAGACGGCAGUGCUAAGGCCCAUCUGGAUUAUCACCCAUGGUUUAUUCGCAACUGAAGGACAACGUGGAGGCUGCUCCCAAGCAGGUGCUUGGGGUUUUGCACGUGCUGUGCGCUUAGAGACGGCAGCUCAGCUGGGAAGGCUGAUUCCACUCGGUUGUGUGGAUGUUGAAGAUCCAAAACUAUUGCCUCAGACCUUGUAUGCUUUGGCUACGAUUCAAGAAACAAAGCCAUAUGAACCAGAGCUGCUUGCGUGCACCCAACUUGCUGGAGGAAUGGAUGAUGAUGAAGCUCCUGCUAGUAGUGGGACGGAAACAGCGCCAGAACUCCCGCCAGAAACGCCUUCCAUCUUCGUUCAUAGACUUGCAAAGUGGAAGAAGGGUGUCCGAGGACCUGUCGAACUGCAUCUCCCUGAUAGAGGAGCCAUAGCGAGCCUCGUCUUGAGGGCUCAAUCAGUCGGCCAUAGGAAGCAGCCAAAGGGAAAUAUGGUGGAAGUUAGAGUGCGUGCCAUUGGCUUAAACUUCCGCGAUGUCCUAAAUGUUAUGGGACUAUAUCCUGGGGAUCCAGGGCCACCAGGGUCAGACUGCGCUGGAAUGGUUGUCGCAGUGGGUCCGGAAGUGAAGCGAUUAAAACUAGGUGACACAGUGUUUGGCAUUGUUCCUGGGUGCUUGAGGACAUUUGCAGUGACGAGCGAAGAUUUGCUGUGGAAACUGCCCGAAGGCUUGUCUUUCUCUGAAGGUGCGACCCUUCCAGUUGUGGCUACGACGGUGCAGCAUGCACUUGGUGACAUUGCUCGGGUCAAAGCAGGCGAUAAGGUCCUAAUACAUGCAGUGUCUGGAGGUGUUGGCCUCCUGGCGAUUCAGCACUGUAAGCGCGUUGGAGCUAUCGUCUAUGGUACUUGCGGCAGUGAGGCUAAGACAAAGUACGUGAAGGAGCUAGGGGUACAAUAUGUGACAUCAAGUCGCAAGCCGGAAAUAUUUGUCAAAGACAUGCGGAAGUUUCUUGGGGAGAACGGGAAGGUUGACGUCGUGCUCAAUUCCCUGCUAGAGCCUUUCAUAUCUUCCUCACUUUCUUUCCUGGCGGAAAACGGUAUUUUCAUCGAGCUCGGCAAAAGAGGUAUUUGGACUCACGAACAAAUGAAGGCAGCACGACCAGAUGUUCAAUACGAGACUGUAGCUGUUGAUCUUAUGAUCGAAGACAACCCUCGCUGGUUCGCUCUCCAACUACACCGUAUGACGCAGCGACUGGAGUCUGGCGCCCUCAGCCCUCUUCCAGCAACAGUUUUUGAUAUGACUGACCAGCAGGACGGAGGCGUUGCUGCAUUCCGGUUCCUUCAAAAGGCGCAGCACGUCGGGAAAGUGGUUUUGGCGAUACCCAGUGCUCUCUCUCCAAAGGUGCACGCCGCCACCCUGGCGAAGUCCUACAUAAUCACAGGCGGUCAUGGAGCGCUUGGUCUAGUCGUUUGCAAAAUGCUCAUAGAGGAAGGCGCUAGGCACAUUGCACUGCUUUCGCGGUCUGGGGAGCCAUCCGCUGAAUUGAAGGAAGGAGAAACCUGGCAAUAUUUGUUGAGUGCCCAACCAAACAUUCAAAUCAAGCACGUAAAGUGCGACAUGAGCAAGAAAGAAGACGUCAGAAAAGCAUUUGAAGAAAUUCAAUCUGGUGAAUGGCCUCCGGUGCGCGGAAUAUUCCAUGCAGCAGGAGUGACUGAUGACAAGGCUCUCGCGGAGCAAGACAAGGCGUCGAUUGAGAAGGUUUAUGGUCCAAAGGUAUUGGGGGCCUGGAACUUGCACGAGGUGUGCGAGGAACUGGACUUGAACAAGGACCUCGAAAUCUUCCUGAUGUUUUCGUCAGUCGCUGCGCUUUUGGGAAACUUUGGCCAGGCGAACUAUGCAGCAGCCAACUCUUGCCUUGACGCUAUAGCUGUUUGGCGCCGGUCUAUAGGAUUGUGUGGUCAGAGCAUCCAGUGGGGUCCGUGGGUGGAGCAGGGCAUGGCAGCCGGCUUAAGACAAGAAAUAGAAAAGGUUGGCCUUCGUGGACUAACGAAUGAUGUCGGCCUUCGUGUUCUUGUGGAUUGUUUGCGAGGAGGGGAGAUGCCCGUGCCGGUACUUUGCCAAGCCUUUAGAUGGAAAAAGUAUAGUGAACAAUUCGACACCAUGCCGCGCUUUUUCGAAUAUGUGGAACUUGAUGUGACAACCCCGGCGGCACUGCGCCAGCUGUACAGCUCAAUGACUCCGGAGCAGCUUAAGGAGCACGUCACCAAAGUAGUUAUUGACACAGCGAGGCAAGUUUUGGGUGCAGCGGAGGUUCCACCUCUUGACUCUCCUCUUCAGGAGUUGGGCAUUGACUCCUUGGGUGCCGUGGAGCUACGUAAUGGACUUGCUCAGAGACUUGGAGUCAAGCUAUCAGCAACGACUCUCUUCGAUUACCCGACUAUUGGGGCGAUAAUUACCUACAUCCAAAAUCAGAUUUCCGGAAACAUUGCCUCAGGGUCAUCAGAACAACCGACAUCAGCGAUGUCUCUCAUGAGCCACACGCAAGGGCUUGCCGUCAUUGGAGCAUCAUGCAGACUUCCAGGGAACAGUGAGAGCCCUGCGCUACUGUGGGAAAUGCUUUUAAGAGAAAAAGACUGUGUUUCCGAGAUCCCGUUGACUCGCUUCGAUGUUGACUUAUUUUAUGAUGCCGAGAUAGAUGCGAAGGGGAAAAUGUAUGUACGGAAGGCCGCAUUCAUGGACAACGCCGAAAUGUUUGAUAACAGCUUUUUCAAUUUGUCUGCUGCUGAGGUUAAUUAUAUGGAUCCGCAGCAGCGAAUGGCACUGGAGGUGGCAUAUGAUGCCUUCUACACAGCGGGCUAUACACGCGACACACUUGUGGGAAAAUCAAUCGGGGUGUGGAUUGGCUGUUGCAACUCGGACUGGCAUUUCCUUGAGCAGCAGUCCGACCCCUUCAAAAGCAGCAGCUAUUCAGGUCCUGGCGGUUCCGGUUGUUUGGUUUCAAACCGAGUCUCCUAUGUAUUCGGUAUUAACGGGCCGAGCAUGACAAUUGACACUGCGUGCUCUUCCUCUCUUGUGGCAAUGGACUCAGCCUUUCAAGGGAUCCGCCUCGGCUACUGCAACGGAGCUCUGGUGGCAGGAAUCAAUUUGAUGCUUUCGCCACAGUUGUUUUUAGCAUUCUGCAAAGCACGUAUGCUCUCGCCAGAGUGCCGCUGUGCUACGUUCGACGCAGCUGCUAAUGGUUACGUACGCGGAGAGGGUGCAGGAGCAGUGGUCAUUAGACCACUUCAGGACGCCGAGGCAAGUGGACAAAAAAUACUUGCGGUACUUAAGGGAACAGCUGUCAGCCACAAUGGCCGCAGUGCCAGUUUGACUGCUCCGUAUGGCCCCAUGCAGCAGGAAUGCAUGAAGCUAGCCUUACGUCACGCAAAUGUAAAUCCAAAAGACGUUCGCUAUGUCGAAUCCCACGGAACAGGUACUUCUCUCGGUGACCCAAUUGAGAUGGGUGCCAUCCGAGCAGUCUAUGGAACAAAUAGAAAUGACAGUAAUCCCUUGAUUGUUGGUGCCCUCAAGUCGUACAUCGGACACUUGGAAGGAGGAGCUGGUAUUGCAAAUGUAUUGAAGGUUCUCGUUUGCCUGGCAAACCGUGCUGUACCUCCUAAUCUACACUAUACAACUCCAAAUCCCUUCAUGGAUAUCGAGGACUUCCCUCUUGUAUUGCCGAAUUGCGUAGUACCCCUAGAGCCCGCACCUAAUAAAUCCAAAGUGCUUGCCGGCACUAGCUCUUUCGGAUUCGGCGGUGCAAAUGCUCACGUAGUGCUGGAAGAGUAUAUUGCAACAACUGGAAGGGCUGCCGUCAAGCAAGGAGCAGGGAAGCGAAAAAUCGCGUUUUUCUUCACAGGGCAAGGCAGUCAAUACGUUAAUAUGGGAAAGGAACUGUAUGAGAAUGAACCGGUCUUCAGGGAGGCAAUGGAUGAAUGCAGUCAUCUUCUCGAAGAAUUGCUGCCGGUACCAUUGCUGGAAGCGAUUUACCCGACCAAGGACUCCAAAGGUCCGUCACUUCUUGAGCAAGCUCUUUACGCCCAAACGGCAAUCUUUGCUGUUGAAUAUGCCCUUCUGUGCCUCGCUAAAAACAAAGGUUUGGAGCCUGAUGUUGUACUGGGCCACAGCAUUGGCGAGUACGCUGCAGCUGUUGCGGCGGACGUCAUGAACGUAAAGGAUGCCCUCCAUCUUCUUGUCGAGAGAGGACGAAUUAUGCAAGAAUUGCCUGCUCGUGGAGGGGUAAUGAUUGCUUGCCGCUGCUCCCAGGAGGAGGCACAGAAAGCCCUUGACAGCGUUGGAGAUUCCGCAAAAACAGCAGAAGUAGCAGUUGUCAACGGUCCCAGAAGUAUUGUGCUGGCUGGUGAAGAGCCUGAUGUCCUCAAGGUUGUUGGUGCUCUUGGUAUUGGUGAGCGGUACAAGAAGCUUAACACAACACACGCCUUCCACAGCAGCUUGGUUGCUGAUGCGGUCAAGCCAUUCAGAGAAGCCCUUGUUGGGGUUCCUCUUAAGCCACCAACAGUGACAUAUGUCUCCACAGCACUAGGGACGACGUCGAUGACUGAAGUGACAACUGCGGAUUAUUGGGCUGAACAAAUCCGGCUUCCUGUAAAGUACCUGCACGGUGUUCGUGCGGUACUAGAUUGCGACGUCUCGAUUAUUGUUGAGCUGGGUCCCAUGCCAACGUUGAUUACCAUGGCUCAGCAGUCCCUAAAGGCUUCUGACAUUCUGUGUUUGUCACUCCUCGACCCGAAGACUUCAGACACUCAACAAGUUGCAAACAGUAUUAACGCAUUGUUUUCGAAUGAAGAACGCCGCCAUGAAUGGAAACGGCAGGCUUUCCCAUGGUUCAAGCUUACGACGCCGCUUGUUGAUAAUGUGCAGAGAGAAGGCAGCACAGAGGCAACAGCAACGACUGUCCUAGACGCCCAUGUAUUAGACCUGCUGCAAGACCACGUUGUAAGCCAAACUCCCAUCAUGCCCGGUGCGGGGUUCUUGGAAAUUAUGAGCAGCGCAGCCUUCAUGCACUACGACGGCAAGAUUCCAAGUACAGCAACAGUGCUAACAGAUGUCGAAUUCGACCGUCCGAUGCGGUUGCUUGACCCGGAAAGUGCUCAGAAGGGACACGAGCCGACCGUUGCUGUGAUCGCCACAGUUAACAAAGACGAAGUCCAAGUCAAAAGCCAGCUUGAGGAAGAUGACGAAGCCCACGUUCACUGCCGAUCUUCUGUUCGGCUAGCCCCAGCUGACACCGUUUUCGACUUGACAGAAGGCUGGGGAUUUUUAGAUGAAGCAAAGAAGCGCAUACCACAGGCAGUUCCCCCAGAAGAAAUUUACAGUACAAUGGCUUUAUCUGGGCUUCAAUACAAGAAGCGUUUCCAGACCAUUCGGGAGGCCUACCGGAGUCCAACCGAAGCGAUCUGUAGGUUGCAGGUUCAACAGCCGUUUCUACCAUUCGAAAGAACGUUCCGCUUCCAUCCAGCCCUGCUGGAUGGCGCCAUUCAGUCUGCUUCAUUGCUUCUUGACGACGUGCAUCCGACCCGACCUAUGGUUCCUGUGGGCAUUCGCAAGGCGACAAUGUCCCGACUGCCACCAGACGUUCUGGUUUGGAGCCACGCCAUCUUGAAGAAGAAGGAUUCCAGCAUGGCGGUUCUCGAUAUAACGAUAUAUGGAGGUAAAGGAAGGCCGUAUGCAGCCCUUGAGGAUUUGACCCUGCGUGUGGUCGACAUGUCACGGAGAGCCACUAUUCCGAGAAAUCUUCUGUGGGAAGUUAGUUGGCGACCACGCUUCUCCGACUCAGAAGUAGCGGCUGCUGAAUCCACCAGAAACAGCGGCGAAAGCUCUCCAGGCCACAGCCGCGGCCAGCAGGAUGACAUUGAGACUCGCACUACGUCCCCUCAGUCUGAUUCUCACCCGAGUCGAGCUGUCCCGAUACUGUUGCUCGGUUGCCCUGAGGACUUUGUAGAGGGCCUAAAGGAAUGCACUAACUCUAUACCCUUCCAAGUGGCAACUGUAGAGGAGUUGCAAGGCACUCUCGACCAGAAGGGAGCUGAAAGCAAGGUGUGGAGUGGGGUAAUCUACAUGGGCGCUCUGGAUAAGUCGCGCGCAGAGGUUGACUGCAUUGCAGACUGUUUGACCAUCUCUAAAGCCUUGGCACAGGUUCCAGCUCACAUUGAAAUUCCUCCUACAUAUGUAGUGACUACAGGGCAUGUCCAAGCAGUAGAUGAAGACACAUUUGUCAAUCCAACCCAUGCAGGUGUCUGGGGUUUCUGCCGUUCCGCCCGGCUUGAGGUAGAGAAUACAAUAGGGCGUCCAGUCCAAUUGGGAUGCAUAGACGUUCCUCCAGACGCGGCAAAAGAACCAACAGUGAUUGCGAACAUUAUUACCCAAGCUAUACGAGAUGAUGCUUCUUCUCCAGAACUUGAAAUCUGCGUGCGCAACGGAGUACAGUAUGUUCCUCGCUUGACAAAAUCCUCCAUAGAGUGCCGUGGUUCCCUCGAGUUAUUUAUGGGUAACCGUGGAGCCUUGAGUAUGCUGAAACUUCGCCCUCUGCCUGCUUCAGCGAGGGCCGACUUGCCUGAAGGAUGCGUCGAGGUGCGAAUUCGCGCUGUUGGUUUGAACUUCCGAGAUGUGCUCAACGUUAUGGGACUAUACCCUGGGGAUCCAGGUCUUCCUGGAGCUGACUGUGCAGGUACUGUUGUACGCGUCGGACCAGGAGUGACCAGAUUCAAACUAGGUGACUGCGUCUACGGCAUAGUACCGGGAUGCUUAAGAAGCUUUGCAAUAACAUCUGCGGAACUAAUACGUUUAAUGCCAGCUGGUUUCUCAUUUGAAGAGGCCGCGGCUCUUCCCGUAGUUGCAUCUACAGUGGAAUACUCUUUAGGAGAUCUGGCGAAGGUGAAGGCAGGCGACAGGGUGCUAAUACAUGCAGUCACUGGCGGUGUAGGCAUAACCGCUGUUCAGUACUGCCAGCGGAUGGGCGCUAUUGUCUACGGAACAUGCAGUGGUGGCCGCAAGGCUGAGUAUGCCAAGUCUUUAGGGCUUGAACACGUAAGCACCAGCCGAGAUGCGUCGACUUUUGCAAAGGAUAUGCGUGAGUUCCUAGGGCCAGAUGGGCACGUCGACGUAGUGCUGAACACACUCGUGGACGACUAUAUCCCAGAGUCUCUCAAACUGCUCGGACCAAAUGGACGCUUCAUGGAGUUGGGCAAGAGGGGCAUUUGGACUCGUGAGCAAGUGAAGGAGGCUCGUCCAGAUGUGAUGUAUGAGACAAUAGCUGUGGACACCAUGAUGGAAGAAGACCCCGCUUGGUUUGGUGGAAUGCUUGACAGAAUCCGGGAGAGCGUCGAGAGUGGUCGGCUCUCCAGCCUUCCACUGAAAGUAUUUGACAUGGAAGAUCCUGUUGAGGGAGGAGUGGCUGCAUUUAGGUACCUACAGAGAGCCCAGCACAUCGGAAAAGUUAUUAUUCGAAUGCGUAGUGCCCUGCAACCAAUCGAUGGAUCCUACUCUACAGAAACGCCUGCAGAUGUGCCCGCAUCCCCGAUAGCCCUAAAGACGACGUCUGAGGCUGACAAGUCGUAUGUCAUCUCAGGUGGUCAUGGAGCGCUUGGUCUAGUCGUUUGCAAAAUGCUCAUAGAGGAAGGCGCUAGGCACAUUGCACUGCUUUCGCGGUCUGGGGAGCCAUCCGCUGAAUUGAAGGAAGGAGAAACCUGGCAAUAUUUGUUGAGUGCCCAACCAAACAUUCAAAUCAAGCACGUAAAGUGCGACAUGAGCAAGAAAGAAGACGUCAGAAAAGCAUUUGAAGAAAUUCAAUCUGGCGAAUGGCCUCCGGUGCGCGGAAUAUUCCAUGCAGCAGGAGUGACUGAUGACAAGGCUCUCGCGGAGCAAGACAAGGCGUCGAUUGAGAAGGUUUAUGGUCCAAAGGUAUUGGGGGCCUGGAACUUGCACGAGGUGUGCGAGGAACUGGACUUGAACAAGGACCUCGAAAUCUUCCUGAUGUUUUCGUCAGUCGCUGCGCUUUUGGGAAACUUUGGCCAGGCGAACUAUGCAGCAGCCAACUCUUGCCUUGAUGCGCUCACUUCGUGGCGCCGGUCUAUAGGAUUGUGUGGUCAGAGCAUCCAGUGGGGUCCGUGGGUGGAGCAGGGAAUGGCAGCUGGUCUGCGGCAGCAUCUUGACAAGGCUGGCAUGAUGGGAAUCAGCAAUGAGCUUGGAACACGGAUCUUGCAGGACGUGCUCAAGAGUCCUGGACAAGCUGUCAUCUGUGCCCAGGCUCUGAUGUGGCGCAAGUUCCUCAGGCGCUACGCGUUUGACCCUCCACCUUUCUUCUCAGAUGUGUCUACUGUUACAGCCGUCACAUUCAAUAACACAAUUGACCUGAACUCCAUCAGUAAAGGUGCCCUAGUUGAAAUUCUCGUUGAUGUCGCGCAGGCUGUUUCCGGAUCGGCAGAAAAGCCAAAUGCUACAACACCGCUUAUUGACUUGGGGCUUGAUUCCCUAGGCGCAGUGGAGUUCCGCAACUCUGUUGCAGAAAAGACGGGAGUAAAGCUUCCCCAGAAUCUAAUGUUCGAAAACCCAAGUGUUGAGGACAUUGCCGAAUAUAUAUUGAACAGGGCGAAGUCACCAGAUGGUGCAUCUGGUACAAGAGGGACACUAGUUGAUACACUUCAAAUCAGUAUCGACCAGUGGCUUAUGGCUGUGCUUGUCCCGGCAGAGCGUUAUGCUCUGUAUGUGGACUCGCUUACUUCCGCAUACGGAUCUCUUAGUGACAUGGCUGCUGUCGAAGAUAUUGUAGGUGCCCUUGAGAAACUCGAGGUUACAGCCUCAGAGGACUUUGACCGUUUGAAUGUAGCGUGGCAAGAGCUUCGAGACGCAUAUGCUAACCGUGCUGAAGCCACAGCAGCUGUUAAACGGAAGCCCCGCUUGGCGGUUCGGGUGCCGCACCCAACGGAAGAUGUUGACUCAUUGAUAAGCCAGCUGACAUUCGACGUUCAGGCUCUUGAGCCUCCCACAUCUCCGGAAAACUACAGAACAGCACUUUUGACUGGAGCCACUGGGUUCGUUGGCCGCAUACAACUGUCAGUACUGCUGGAAGCAUCAGACAAACUGGAAGUUGUGUGCAUCGUCCGCGCCAAAGAUGCAAACCAUGCUCUCGACAGGAUUCGGCAAGCAUGCAAAGAGGCCAAGUGCUGGAAAGAGGAAUACUGCAGUCGCAUUUGCCCUCUAUCCGGCGACUUUACUCUUCCGAACUUGGGCCUUGGAGAGGAAAAGUUUGAGGAGCUCUCGAAGAGAGUAGAUGUUGUUUAUCACACGGGAGGAGAUGUCAAUCUACUCAGCAACUAUGCCAGACUGCGUUCUUCAAACGUCCUCUGUAUCUCAGGAGUAAUCGACUUCUGCACAAAAAACAAGUUGAAGCCCUUGCACUUUGCUUCUACUCUUGGGCAGUUCCCAGCCUUCUUUUGUGAAUUCACUGGGGCAUACGAAAAUUACCGUAUUACAGAAGACAGUCGGCCUACCGUAGAGGAAAUGGAUGCCUUCUACCCACCGUUGCGAAUGGGGUACCCCUGGUCAAAGUGGGCCGCUGAGUUAGUCUUGUGUAGCGCACGGGAAAAAGGCCUUCCUGUGUUCCUGUACCGCUUGCCGAACACCUACGUUGCUUACUCGACGGGCUACACCAACCGAACAGACUAUGCUACUGCCUUGAUGAUUUCAACUAUUCAAGAGGGAAUUUUCCCAGUUGGCUGCGCUGCUGCUCCACUGACGCCGGUUGACAUCAUAUGCGAAAUGCUGGUUGGCGUGUCAUUUUUGAAAAAACCGAAGCACUUUGUGUAUCAUCUUUUCGACCCCCGUGCCAUAACAAGGGAGCAUCUAGAAGUCUGGAGUCAAGAGCUUGGCCUCGCGUACAAAGGUGCCAGCGUCGACGAGUUCCUUGCUGCAGUGAAGGCUCGUGGUCCUGAAUCCCCAGUGUUCAAAUUCGUGCCUCUGAUGCAGUUCAUGAGAAAGUACUGGUUUGAUUCAGAACAACGCACAGAUGACUUCCCCAUCGAAACUAAAAACAUAUUUGAUGAGCUGCCGGAUGCCAAGUGGCCAGAUCAAAGGGACGUAUUCAAAAAUUCACUGCUAUACAGUGUACAAUCGGGCUUUUUCCCCAAAAAUUCCAAAGCGAUAAGGGUUGAUCCUGAAGCUUGUUUGGAAGACGCGAAGAAGUUGUCGGGCUUAGACACACUCGGCGAAGACCACGACUACUUCAUGAACCCGUUACGUAUCUUGAAAGACUCUCUUCUGCAGGAGUCCAAUCCGUCAUUUUGCGGCAAGCUGGCCAUGUUUCGCACUGUUCGCCAGCAACUGAUGAAUCUUAUGUACAUGGAAAAGAUGAGGCAUCAGCAUCCCGAAAUAGAGCAGCAGGAGAUUAAGGAGCCACUGAUAAUUGUUGGUCUGAAUCGGACAGGCACAACAUUCCUACAAAACAUUAUGGCAACUGACAUCUCGAACCGCUCAGCCCGUUACUGCGAGAUGAUUGCUCCCUAUGGCAACAAUGGCGAAUACUGCCAGAAGGGCCUCAGCAACGAUCCAGAAUCGUGGAAGCAUGACCCGCGGAUCAAGUUUGCUCAAGAGGUGCUCGAUAGCCAACUAGCUCUCUCCGAGGAAUGGAUUAGCAUUCAUGCACAAAGCGCCGAGCUUCCAGAAGAAGACUUCGUUAUCCUUGAGCACUGCGGCCGAUGCUAUUCAAUAUGUACUGAGUUCAAUGUGCCAUCUUACAGAAAAUGGCUGUAUGCUAAUGACUUCCAGGAGAUGAAAAAUGCCUACAAAUUCCACAAGCGUUUCCUGCAGCAUCUACAAUAUCAGCGGGUGGCAGAUCGGUGGCUUCUCAAGAUGCCAUUCCACCUCUUCACUCUUGAUGCGCUGUUUGAAACGUACCCAGACGCAAGAAUCAUCUUUAUGCACAGGGACCCAAAAGACACUCUAGCUAGCUGGGCUAGCUUGGUAAGGUGUGCUCAGCAGUCCCUCCUUGAUUCCGUCAACCCAGCCGAGCUAGGAAAACUCGAGCUGGAGGCAAUGUCUUCAAUGAUUAAUAGGGCAUUGGAAUUCCGCUCCUCCAGGCCCGAUCUGGAAGGUCAGAUACUGGACGUGCAAUACAAAGAUUUGAUUGAGGAUCCGUUGGGCACUGUAUCGAAGAUCUAUAGCCAUUUCAACAUCCCACUGACUGAACAGGCACGUCUGCGCAUGGCUGAAUUUUACCAAGAAGAUAAGAAGACACGCAACAAACUAUCCAAGCACCAGUACACACUUCAAGAUGUAUCGCUUACAAAGGCUAUGGUGGAGGAAGCUUUCGACCAAUACUAUAAAUCUGGAUUGUGCAAGUACCUGAAGAAAUAA